CUAUGUCAUUCUUAAUUUUUCAUUUUUCAUUUUAUUUUUUACCUUAGCUGUUUAGCACGAUUUUCAUCCAUUUCAUGUGUUCAGCGUCAAAAAAAUCCAUUUCUAUUUUUUUGGAUUGGAUUUUGCAUUUUGAAACACGGGUGAAUAAUCGUGUAUUUCGUGAUUAUACUUCUGCUUUAUUAAUAUAAUUUUAUACUGGAUAAGUGACACUAUGUGGAUAAGAUCGGGUUACUCUAUAGGAUUUGAAAUAAUUUAAACAAUUUGUGCAAAAAAAUCCUUGAAAAAACGCUACCAAGAUGAUGAUAACAAUACAUGGACUACCACAUUCUACAAAGUAUUCAGAUUUGAAAUUGCUAAUAAAACAAAAAUGCAAUAUAUCAGACUUUAUCCUUGAUUCUUUGGUUGUGGACCCCGGCCGUGAUGGAUCGAAGAAAGUCCGCGUCGGGUUAACCGAUGACAGCGAGGGAGCCCAUUUGAUUAAGUGUCUGGACGGAUAUAACUUUCUAGGAUGUGUUCUGACAGUGCAACCGUAUGCUAAAUCUUCGCAAGCAAAUCCAGCUCAGCAUAGUGCUUAUGGUAUGAAAGAUGGUUAUCAACAGAGGAAUGACUACCAGGCACCCAACCAAAUGGACGAUAGAGGUAGAAUGGACAUCCCACACUCCAACCGGUGGGGCAACCAGUCUGCCAACCAGUCCAGUUUGCAGUGGCAACCUAACCAACUCGCACAGCCGCAACCUCAUGGUCACGAUGCUUACAGUAACUAUCAACAACAACCCGUCAACCCUUAUGGACUCAAUAUUGGUCAGCAAGUUAAGCCACAAUUUGCACCUCGUGAUGCAAUGGAGUCCACACACAGGGCUCAACAAACCCAGAGUUACAACCAGAACUACAUGCAGAAGAGCAAUUUAAUUAGUCUUGGGCCUCAGAGACACAUAGCGCCAAGUGCGGUGCGACCAAUACCAGACGCCGCGCGACCAGUGCAAGCCGAGCGCUACCCGCCUCAGAACUACAACAUACCCGAAAAACCGAUGACCAUAAUGAAGGACAACUUCCAAGGCCCUACUCAAUACAACCUGCUGACGGGCCACGACCCGGCGCCGGCAACCUUCCAGCCGGCCAACCAACAAUCGCCCUGGAGCAGUCAGCACCAACCAAAGCCUUUCGAGAAACCAUUACCUUUUGACAAGAAGCCAUAUGACGACAGGAAGUAUACUCCAAACAUGGCAACAAAGCCGCUCACUGAUCCGAAGUCUGAUUACAAGAGCUACGAUAAAACCCGCGAAUUGUCUCCCCGAAGAGGUUAUAGAAGGGAUGCAACCCCUGAAAGGGGUAACAUACCCGCUGAAAGGGGUAAUUUACCUCCUGGCAGACACGUUUCGCACUCUGGCAGAAUUUCACCAGAGAGACCUGGUCGACAAGUCUUCAUAGACAGAAAAUCCCCUGGACGUCGAGGUUCACCCGACAGACGAAUGUCUCCUGCCAGGCAGGUUUACAUUGAACGUAGAGUGUCACCUGGACGUAGACCGUCGCCUGGUCGUAAAGUUUCACCUGGUCGUAAAAUUUCACCUGGUCGUAGAGUGUCACCUGGACGUAGACAGUCGCCUGGUCGUAAAGUUUCACCUGGUCGUCGAGUGUCACCUGGGCGUAGACCGUCGCCUGGUCGCAGAGUUUCACCUGGUCCCGGACGUGUCAUUUCAGACAGGAGAAUUUCCCCGUCCGGCCGUCAGAUGCCAGUGUCAGGACGAGUCCCUUCCCCGUCUCACAGACGAAUCUCGCCACCAAGAAAAGAAGAGUACAUACGAGGACGAGUUUCACCUCCUGCUCAUUCUCCUGCAGAUAGACGCAUGCGGCACCCGUCCCCCGGCAGAGAGGGAGGUCGCGGAAUGCCCCCGCACGCGCGACAGGAGUCGCCCAGGAGACCAGGAAGGUUCUCACCACCUCGUUUCUCCGACAAACCGAUGCCGAUGGAGUAUCAGGACGCUCGACCAAGUAUCAAGAGCGUUCGCCCCGCCUACGAGCCGCCGGCCAAGGCGUCAAACGAAGCUAAGUACUCAGGUGGUUAUCGGCCCAACGUCCGCGAGGACGAUCAUUAUCCAGCAAGGGGACAAGAACGUUGGAAAGAGAAAGAGUUUGGCCACAAAGACAUAGAAGAUAGAAGGGACACCGCUAGACUUCAAAAGUUUGACAUACCGAGGACGUCUGACCAAGAGCCGGAAAAGUCUAGAUCACGUAAUCGAAUGUCGCGAUCUCCGAGACGAGAUCGGUCACCAUUGAAAGAUCGCUUGCGACGCCAUUCGCCUUCACCGCGCUCACCUCGACGCUCCUGGGCUUUAGAGAAGCGUCGCAGCCCCGACAUGCGCGAACCUCCUCCUCCUCCAGUUUGGCCUGGACAGGAGACUAAAACUACCGGCUAUCAACACCCUAGCCGAUCAGAUUUCACGGAAAGAGACCACGAGAAAACAUCAGCUGUCUGGCUUACGUCGCAGGAUAAAAAACGAGAUGACCACAUCAGACAAAGGGUUGCCGAUCGUGAACAUUUCGAGGAAGAAAUGCGACGUCGUGGAGCGCCAGAGAAAUGGAAAACAGUUCCGCAGUUGAGCCCCAAAGGAACCUCGCGUUACGCGGACGACGACCGUACGUUUAGAAACGACAAGUAUGUGAGGAAAGAUUACGAGGAACGACAUGAUUACCGCGAUGAAGACGAUGACCCAUCCAGUCGGAGGGAUAGAGAAAUGCGAGAACAACGUAACGAUCCCCGCCGCGAUGAAGAUUUCGAUGCGAAAGACAACAUUCUCCGGAAAGAAAAAUAUGCUGGCAAUAUCGAAGAAAAAAAGAAGGAGAUUUUGAAAAAGCAGGAACAAUUGCAGAAGGAGAUCGACGAAGUGUACAAGAGAGCAGUAGAUUUUAGCAAAAAAGCGGAGUUGUAUAAAAAGGGUGAACUGAAGAAAAAAUCGAGCUACGAGCCCUCUCGCCGCCUUGACGAAGAUUCAAACGAUUCAGACGAUAGUUAUGAAAAAUAUUCUCGAAAAGAGAAAACUUAUCAAAAAGAAUAUGAGAGAUCAGGACACGGAUUCAGCGAAGUCACAGACAGGGUGACUCCGGGGAAAACGAAGAGAAACACGGCGAUCGCACAGAUCGCCGAUAAAAUAAUGAGGUUCGGCAACUACUUGCCGGCAGAACUCAAACCGCGCGUCGUGGCUGAGCUUCAGUUGUCCGUCUCAAAAAUACUUACCGACAUGUUUGGAAAUGAAGACAUAUCUUUUAUAGAAAUGGUAAUAAAAUUUAACUCUAAGCACACAAAAGGGGCAGAAGAGAAGAUUUUUGACGAAGUAAUGUCCAAUUUUCCUUCACACUACAGACGACGGAAAAGGCCUGAAGAUGAUACUGAACUUCCAGCACAAACUUCUAGGCAGUCAGAUGAUCCAGACAUGAAUACAGAGAAUGCGAUUGGGCGACAACAGCUGGUGAAGAAACGACCUUUAGAAGGUACCAAAGCCGCUGUAUCGUUGGCUAAGAGACAGAAGACUCUCCAUUCGGAGAAAGCUGCAGACGCAGAGGCGGUGCAAGGCGAUCCCGUAGAACUGGACGAGCGAACAACGCAAAUUCUAGAAGAGGAGCUGCAGGCCGUUAUGAUUAAGGUGUGGCAGUCGCUGCCCGACAGCCCGCACUCGGCCGCCGAGCGCUACGUGGCCGAGCGGCUCAGGAACGAGGCCAGUGACGACAUUCGGAACGUAUUAGGUCUCAACGUGACCAAGAGGUUGCUGAAUGUCUUCAAUCCCCUGUUUUUGAGGGUGCAUUUCACCCGGCCGCCGGACUCGGCGCACCUGAAGCACUUCCUGAAGAGCCACAACAUCAAGGAGUUCAAGCAGCACCAGCACCACCGCAACCUGUACGUGGCGCGCGUGCGGGACAUCGCCGACUUCGACCGCCUGUGCACGGCGAACAACCAGAAAUGCGGAAACGCAAAAGUCACCAUAAAGCCAAGCUAUAGAUUCUCUCAGUUUCCGGCGAAACUUAAUACUAUCUUUGUGAAAAGAAAAAGUAAAGGAAAGAAAGACAAUGAAAACACUGAGGAAAAAGGAGCACCAAACAAGGAAACUGCUGAAACUCCCUCAAAUGAGAAAAAAAUUAAACAACCGACUGCAACAUCUCAGACAAAACAAGUAACUGUUAUAAAUAAAAAUGAUCAACCUCCUAAGACAACUAUUGCAUCAGAGAAAAAGUUAGUGACAGUACAAAGUGAGACGUCUACAGUUAAAAAAGAACAAACGACGUUUACACCAGUAACUAAACCUAAGCCAAAUCAGCUGACUCCAAAUGUUAAACCGGUUACCACACCGACUAAAGGAAAACCAAAUCAAGAAGUUAUAACUAAAAAACUUACUGAGUCAACUAAACCAAUUGACAAAUCUUCAACAAUCAACAUAAAAGCCAAAGUAAAUCAAAAUAACCAGGAAAAUAUAACAACUAAGAAAUAUAUUGAAGCAAAACCGAAACUGGCUGUUGGGCCUAAUACAGUAGCGAAUAUUAAACCUAAUUCUAAUCAGAUCAAAGAAGACGUAGCAAAUAACAAAGAAGCAAUACAGAAACAGACUGUAAAGCCCGUUACUCCAAGCAAUACUAAACCCCAACCCAAUGAAAUUAAACAAGAUGGUGUAACAACUAAUCAGGUUAAAGAAAACAUAGCAAAUAACAAAGAAGUAACACAGAAACCGACUAUAAAGGCUGUUACUCCAAGUAAUACUAAACCCCAACCAAAUCAAAUUAAACAAGAUGGUGUAGCAACUAAUCAGAUUAAAGAAAACAUAGCAAAUAACAAAGAAGUAACACAGAAACCGACUGUAAAGCCUAAUCCUAAUAAUAUUAAACCUCAACCAAAUCAAAUCAAACAAGAUGGUGUAGCAACUAAAAAGGUUACAGAAACUACGCCUAAAUCAAGUGAAAAAUCUAUUGCACCAACUGAUAAUAAACCAAAAGCAAAUCCAACUAACCCAAACGUAGCAACAAAGAAAAUAAACGAAACAACACCGAAGGCAACUGAAAAAACUGUAGUAGCAUCCAAUAUUAAACCUAAAGAAAAUCAAAAUAAACAGGAAGCUAUAACAACUAAAAAAACCAUUGAAACAGCACCAAAAUCUGUUGCAAAACCUACUGUAGCAGUAAAUAAUACACCGAAACCAAAGCAGGCUAAUCAAAAAGUUUUAGCAACUAAAAAAAUUCAACCAACACCAAAAUCACCUGUAAAAAAUAUAACUAAACCAAAGGAAGUAGCAACUAAAAAAGCUCUAAUAACACGAAAAUUUAUUGCUGAACCUUUUGAUGAAACCGAUGAAAUGAACGAUGAAGAAAUACUUGCUUUAAUAUCCACGGGCAUCGUAGUUGACGAAUGCAGCGGUUCAGAUGAAGAAUGAUAUUUAAAAAAACAUUACCUAUUUUAAACAUAUAUAAUUUUUUUUUUUAUUGUGUACAUGUUAGCCCUUGACUACAAUCUCACCUGAUUGUAAGUGAUGAUGCAGUCUAAGAUGGGAGCGGGCUAACUUGUUAGGAGGAGGAUGAAAAUCCACACUCCUUUCGGUUUCUACACGACAUUGUACCGGAACGCUAAAUCGCUUGACGGUACGUCUUUGUCGGUAGGGUGGUAACUAGCCACGGCCGUAGCCCACCAGCCAGACCAGGACAAAUUAAGAAAAACCCAAAAAUAGAUACAUAUAAAAUAUACCGUGUGGUAUGAAUUAAGGCCAGUUCUUUAUUGGUAUGAAUAUUAUGUAUCUGGCACAUUGACCUCUUAUAAUAAAAGGACGCACAAUCAUGUAGAAAAUGUCACUUAAAAUCUGGCCAAUUUUGCGUUGGCAGUUUUAAAAUUAUUGGUAAAGAUAAUUAUACCUAAAGGCCUUUAAUUAAAGUCCAAUAUUCAAUAAAAUCGCCAUUUCAGAGCAAAUUCAACCUUAAUGAUUGAGUUUAAGGUUGAAUUUGCAAAUGCGACUACUUGAAUUGAGUGCCAAGAAGUUGUGUUUGGCACUCAUUGAGUGGGGACAUUUUUUGGUCGCUGAUUGUUACCGUUAGAUUAUAAUCUAUCACGCGAUAUUGUGAACUGCAACAUACUCCAAAGAACUGGAACUUGAUUGGCUCUGAAAUUAAUGGUUAAGUUAGGUUAGCUAUUUUAUUCAUAUUUGUACUUUAUUUUUUUUUUUAUUUGUACAUUCUUCCUUACAAUCUAAUAAUAACACGUUAAAUUGUUAAUGUGUAAUGUAUAAAUUGUUCAAUAUAUAGAUAAUCUAACGGUAUUUACAAUUUUACAGGUAUAUAUAUUUUUUAAUAAAGUCAGUUUUAGUUAUUAAAAAGUGUAUAAAACACCCAGGAAAUAUAAUAAAGUAAAAUAAUUAUAAGGUUUUAGCGGGGCAGACUGAAGAUCCAUUUUCAGACCCCAUUUGAGUUUUGAAAAAUCUUUUAUUUCUAAGUAUUGUUUUCUAUUUUGCAUAUUGUGGUCGUCACAAAUAUUUCUUUUUUGUUAUAUAAAUAAACAAUUUUCUAUAUUAGUUGCAUUAAAAAAAAUAUUUUAUCUGAAACAGAAACUUGUUUGAAUCAGAAUUCAAGAUAAUGUCAGACUUUUUCUUGUUCCUGGACUUAUAACAACAAAGUUUUAUUAUAAUCGGGAGAAUGGUUUAAGAAUGCGUAGAUACUCAUACAUAAUAGAUAUCAAUUAUUAUACAUUCAGUUAUUUGUAUAAAAGUUAGUUUAGACUUCAUAUAAAUGAAGAUGAUUCCUAUAGUGUAGCAGUGGAAUUUCUUAGUAGCCCUUGUAAUUAAUUAAUAUAUUAAUAAUUACUAUCAAUAGAAAGUAGUUGUAAAAAUUCAUUUGCCUAUAUAAUGUAGCUAAAUAUGGUUCCGUGAUUAACUCGAAAUUUAUUAAGAAAUCGAUUAAUAUAAAACUAUGUUUUAAAUUAAGAUGUUUUUAUUUAAGACUCCUUGCCCUUAAGAGAAAUACUUGCUGUUAACGUAGCUUUCCAUUGGUGGAAGAAUUCAGUAGAGUAGUUAAAUAAAGGUCAAAAGUGACUGUUAUGCCUAGGGUUGCUAACAUUUUUUUCCAAUAUUUUAAACU